CUUUACCUCACUGUAAACCAGCACAUCUGCUCUCUACAAUCCAAUAAUGGGAGGGUUUAUUACCAAAGACGUGUUCAGAGUGUUCCUGGGACUUUGUCUGCUUGGGAUUGCGAUCGUCUUUCAAACAGGAGGUCGUGGGUUCGAGCCCAGCACGAGCUGUCAACAUGUCGACGUUUCCUCGGUCUGUUCGUCUCAACCUUCUACAAACUGCCACAACACAUACUCGGGCGAUGCAUACUACCACAAUGAUAAGGUCGUCCGGAUUGUGAUGGUUGGGAAAACUGGAGCUGGGAAGAGCGCCACGGGAAACACCAUUCUGGGAAAAGAGUACUUUAAAUCAAAGUUUUCUUUUAAAUCUCUGACCGUACACUGUGCUAAGGCCUUUGGGGAAGUGGAUGGACAAAAGGUUGCUGUCAUUGACACUCCAGGUCUGUUUGACACCAGUACUGAUGAAAACAAGACCAGAAACGAUGUUAGCCAGAGCAUUGCUUAUGCUUCUCCUGGACCCCAUGUCUUCCUGGUCGUCAUCAGACUGGGCAGAUUCACAGAUGAAGAAAGGCAGUCAGUGAAGAAGAUUCAGGAAAUCUUUGGAGAGGAAGCAGACAGAUACAGCAUGGUUCUCUUUACCCACGGUGAUCUGCUCGAAAACCAAACUAUCGAAGAGUUAUUGAAGGAAAGUGAAGAGCUGCAGGAACUUGUGAACAGAUGUAACGGGCAGUACCACGUCUUCAAUAAUAAGGUGGAGGAUCGUUCUCAGGUCAGAGAGCUGCUCGACAAGAUCAGAAACAUAACAGAGAAGAACGGAGGAAGCCAUUACACCAAUGAAAUGUUCCAGAAGGCAGAGAGGGCCAUAGAAGAGGCAAAACGACGGAUCCUUGAAGAGAGAGAAGAGGAAAUGCGCAAAGAGAAGGAGGAAAUGGAGAAGAAAAUAUCGGAAAAGUAUGAGCAACAAAUGAAGGAAGUGAAAGAUGACAAAGAGAGGAUGAAAAAGCUACUUGAAACUCGUGAAAGAGAAAUGGAGGAGGAGAUGAGGAGAUUAAGAGAAGAGCAGGAAAGUAGGGCCAGACAGGAAGCUGAGGACACCCCUUUCAUAAUUAGGAUUAUAAAUGGCGUAAUUGAAUUCUUUACAGGUUGAGAUGACAGCCGGUUUGCGUGAGACAGUCAGGAUUGAUGCUGGACGGCAGCAGAUUUAGCAAACCUUUGGCUGUCUGACUCCUUUUUAAUUCCAUAACGAUGGCAGCCAUAGACACUCGCCAUGAAACAGGAAGUUGUUGUAACUUCAUUGUACAGUCUCCAAACUACCAAUGUUGAGUGCUUGAUAAGUCAUAGCACCACCUAAAGGCAGCAGGUAGUCAGUCCCAUGUGACAAACAUCAUGAAAAUAACAAUGUGUGGUCUACAAUUGAUGUUUAGUGACAAUCUGUUUGUUAAUAGUGUUUCUCCAGCACCACAUAGUGGACAUAUAAAGUGGUGCAAGGUGUGCAAUAUCUCUAACUUCCAGCAAAUCACACUCCAUGCAACAUAUGUGAUAUUAAUACUUUUUUGUUUACCAUAGAACAUAAAGUCCAUAUAUGGCAUCUUUCUGGAAUCUGGGUUUUGUGGUUUAAUGGGUCAUUUAUCUCAGUGAUGAAAGAAACGUGUGGAGUGCAUACAUGUUUUUCAGGUAAUCAAUGUGACUGCACCACAGACAAUGAUAAUUAUGUAGAGAUUGUGAAUAAUGUGUUGCUCAGUGAUCAUGAAAUAAAGCUGAUAAUAAAUGAG